AUGGACGAUUCUACUGAAUCGGGAACGACUCGACAGAGGAAAGUUCGCUUGGAGGAUACAGUGUAUGUUGUUUUAUUUUUGAUCAUUUUCAUCAUCAUAUUUUUCUUUUUAUUUUUUCUCGCGUUGAGAGAUAGAGAAACACUUUAUAUUUAUAUGAUAGGAAGAGAUAGAGAGAAAAAUAAAAAGAUCACUCCAUUUUUUCUCCUUCUCAAUAAAAUCGGAAGACCAUAACAAUUGAAACAAUCAUUAUAGAAUGUCGGAAGAUGGCGAUUCAUCGCAUGAUAGAUUUGCCGACGCUGGCGCCUAUACAACUGAAGCUGAACCAGAUGCUGACGAAGAAUCGUAAGUGUUUUGUUUUAUUUUUGUUUUGGAAAACAUAACAAUGAUUGUUUAUAGAGAACGCAGAGUUCGUCGACGAACUCGGAAAUUAGAAAGAAUUCACUAUCAAAUGGUCAAUGAUCGUGUUGUUGAAGAUAUUACUGUUGAUUUUUUAUACAAACCGCAUACUCUCACAAUUUUAGCCAUUCUAGUCGUAUUCAUCUCAUAUAAAGCAUUCACAGGGUGAGUUUUUUUCGAAAAACGUUUAGUAAAAAAUUUACAAAAUUAGUUUCAAGUUCUCUCUGGAAGGGGCAUUUUUUUGAUUAAAAAACUGAAACGGAAAAAAAUCUGCAAGCACACCAAACUUUACGCGCAUGUACGCAUAUUAUUCUUAUGGAAAUUUUAUUGCGAAAUCCUGUGUAUUGGAAACCCUAAAAAGUCCUCACAAAUAAUAAAUCAUUGAAAUUUUGAGAAUAUAACAACCUUCACUCUUCAUUUAAAGCUUGGGGCGUGAAAAACAAAAUCGAUUUUCAGAGCCAAUGUUGCGAGCACGGAUAAGAACGUUUAUGAUGGAUUGAUGGGAACUUUGGCAUUAUUCUUGGUUGUCAGUGCGUUGGCAUUUCCAAAUGGACCAUUUAUCAGACCUCAUCCGGUAUUUUGGAGAGUUGUAUUUGGUGUAUCCGUUAUCUAUUUGAUGAUCCUUCAAUUCACACUUUUCCAAACCUAUCAAGAUAUCAAAAAAGUGUUGACUUGGCUUGAUCCAGCUGGUCUUGGUCGCGAAACUCUAGUCGAAAAAGAAUAUGCAAUUAAUUGUUCCGAUGUUAGUCUUGAAAGAAUCUGGAGUCAUAUGGAUAUUUUUGCCGUUGGCCAUUUCACUGGCUGGGCUAUGAAGGCGCUUUUGAUUCGUCACGGUGUUCUAUGUUGGUAUAUUAGUAUCGCAUGGGAAUUGACUGAGGUUUGUUCAUUUUUCAUGAGUUGAAAACAUGAAAAUAUAAAAAAAACAAUCACUUUCAGAUUGUGUUCACUCAACUGCUUCCAAAUUUUGCCGAAUGCUGGUGGGAUGCGAUUAUCCUCGAUGUACUUUUGUGUAAUGGGCUGGGAAUUUUUGCCGGACUUGAGAUUUGUAAAUGGUUAUCGAUGAGACAAUAUCAUUGGGAAAGCAUUAAGUGAGAAUAACAAAGAAAUUUUCAUUCAAAAACAUUCUUUAAAAAUUCUUUUCAAAACCUCAAUUUCUGAAAAAGAAACUUGUAAAUAAAAAAUAUUCAGGAAAAACUCAAACUUUAAUUUGAGCCGCUUUAAUUUUAAUUUUUCACAGGAACAUCAAAACCAAUCGUGGACGUUUCAAGAGAGUUGUCAUGCAAUUCACACCAGAAAGUUUCUCCGAGGUAAGAUUUUUCCUUCAUUAUCAAAUCAAUUCAAGAUUGCAAAAUUUUCAGUUCGAUUGGGGACAAUUCACGGGAACAAUCAAAAGAACAAUGGCUGUUUACAUGUUUGUAUUGAUUUGGCUGGUAUGUUUAUUUCAGUCUAAUACAGUUAUAGUUAUUUUUGUUGUUUUUUUCAGCUCACCGAGUUGAACACAUUUUUCAUGAAGCAUGUUUUCGCCGUAGAUACCAAGCACCCUGUAGUUUUUUGGAGACUCAUUUUGGUAGCUGUGAUUUCUGCACCAUCUAUCAGGUAGUUUAUUUAGAUGUUAUCAAUCAAAUUGUCAUUUUUUCAGACAAUUUUAUCUCUACGCCACCGAUCCACUCGUCAAACGUCUUGGAAUGCAAUGUUGGGUUUAUUUGGCGGUUUGUGCUCUUGAAGCUGCAAUUUGUGUCAAGUUUGGUGUAUCGAUGUUCCCAAGUAUUGCAUUAACACCAAUAUUUUUGUGGAUAGUCUUCUUGGUGAAUAAUUUUCAAAAAUUAAAUUCAAAUGAAUAUGAGUAUUUUUGCAGAUAGUGGGAACAUUCUUCAGUGUUUGGCUUUCUGUCUGGUGGGCGAAUCAAUCAUCAGCCACCGAAGCACGCGAAUUGAACGGAGAAAAUCAUAAUAUUUAUCUCGACUCUUCAUGCGAAAAUCUUGGUGCAAUUCAUGACGAUGUUCGUCGCCGUCGUCGCGAUCUCGGCAUCUCAGAAUCGGAUUUCAACUAA